CAAAACCAUGUCUAGUCUCCGUGUCAUUGUAUCUGUUCAAGUACCGGACGAUGACGACGUGCUCUGCGUAGCGCUGCUGUUCUGCGCCACCUUUGGCGUGGGGUCCAUGAGCUUUGGUUCGAUCUUCGCGGCCGCUGGACCCGUGCUGGCCGCCAUGGGCGUCUACUUCAUCUCGGCCUGUAACCUCUAGCAGCAAUAGCGCAGUAACUUGGUUUGUUGUCCAGGUCUUCCAAAUCAUCGGAAGCAGCUACGACGUCAACAGCAGUGACAGAAGGUAGCGGAAAGGU